UUCUGUUGCCUGAGUCGCUGCGAUGUCCGGCCGCGGGAAGCAGGGCGGGAAGGCGCGGGCCAAGGCCAAGUCGCGCUCGUCGCGGGCCGGGCUGCAGUUCCCCGUGGGUCGCGUGCACCGGCUGCUGCGCAAGGGCAACUACGCGGAGCGGGUGGGCGCCGGCGCCCCGGUGUACCUGGCGGCCGUGCUGGAGUACCUGACGGCCGAGAUCCUGGAGCUGGCGGGCAACGCGGCCCGCGACAACAAGAAGACGCGCAUCAUCCCCCGGCACCUGCAGCUGGCCAUCCGCAACGACGAGGAGCUCAACAAGCUGCUGGGCAAGGUGACCAUCGCGCAGGGCGGGGUGCUGCCCAACAUCCAGGCCGUGCUGCUGCCCAAGAAGACCGACAGCCACAAGGCUAAAGCCAAGUAAACGCCGAAGAACAACGCCCGGGGAGCUUUUCCCACAGAAACCCAAAGGCUCUUUUCAGAGCCACCCACUAGAUCAUUGAAGAGCUAAAUUGCUUUAAAUGUACUUGGAAACACUUGGGAAGCACCAAUGAUAUUGUCUUCCUUAAAAAAAAAAACGGAACUUGUAUAAAUAUAUUCUGAUUUCCAAAUGCUGCAUUAGAGUGUUUUUAAAAGUAUAUGUCUUACUGCGUGUGCAGGCGAGAUUAUAGAGCAUUAAAAAAAUGU